AUGGCCAUUAUUCCCCUUCACACGCGCAGACCGUCAGAGGAUGUGCCUCCUCCGUUGGAGCCGCCGCCGCUCAUUCGGGACCUCUCCGCCGACGAGAGAGCGCAUUUGGAAAACAAUCUGCGGAGAAAGAUUGAUUUCCGGCUGUUGCCCAUGGUCAUUAUCAUGUAUAUCAUGAACUAUCUGGACCGCAACAAUAUUGCCGCUGCCCGUUUGGCGGGUCUCGAAACGGACUUGAAGCUCACUAGCGAGCAGUUUGAAACUGCCGUUUCAAUUCUAUUCGUCGGUUACAUUCUGAUGCAGGUCCCCUCGAACCUGUUCCUCAACAAGGUUGGAAAGCCGGCCAUCUAUCUCCCCUGCUGCAUGGCAGUCUGGGGUGUCAUUUCCGGAGCAACUGGUGCCACUCAGAGCUAUGGAGGAUUGAUCGCCUGUCGGUUUAUCUUGGGUUUCGUCGAGGCUGCAUACUUUCCUGGCUGCUUGUUCUACCUAUCAUCUUGGUAUACGCGAAAGGAGCUUGCUCUGCGAACUGCCAUUCUGUACUCUGGUUCGCUCAUCUCGGGAGCCUUUUCUGGCUUGAUUGCGGCUGGUAUUACGAACGGCAUGGACGGCAAGCGCGGAAUGUUGGCUUGGCGAUGGCUCUUCAUCAUUGAGGGUGCCAUUACUGUUGUUGUCUCCCUUGCCGCCAUCUUGGUUCUGCCAAACUUUCCCCGGACCACCAAGUGGUUGAGCGAGCAAGAGCGUCAACUUGCCGUGUGGCGAUUGGCUGAAGAUGUUGGCCAGGACGACUGGACCGACAGCAAGGAGCAGACUUUCUUCCACGGUCUCAAGCUCGCCAUGACCGACAUCAAGACCUACGUUCUCAUGGUUCUGCUCUUCUGCGUCGUGUCUUCGGCCUCCAUUACCAACUUUUUCCCCACCGUCGUUGCCACGCUCGGAUACAGCAGAAUCAUUUCUCUCCUGCUUACCGCUCCUCCCUAUAUUCUUUGCGUCCUGGUUGUCUUUGCCAACGCGUGGCACGCUGAUCGAACUGGCGAGCGUUAUCUCCACGUUGUCAUUCCUCUUAUCGUUGCCAUUGCCGCCUUUAUCCUGGCCGCUGCUACCACUGGCACUGCUCCCCGCUAUGUGUCCAUGAUGAUUAUGGUCCCCGCCUUUUACAGCGCCUUUGUCGUUGUCCUCACCUGGAUCUCCAACUCCAUUCCUCGCCCCCCCGCCAAGCGUGCUGCCGCUCUUGCUACCAUCAACGCUGUCUCCAACACGGCUUCCAUUUACGCUUCCUACAUGUAUCCCCAGUCCGCUGGGCCCCGCUAUGUGGUUGCCAUGGGCGUCAACUGCGGAACCGCCUUCCUCGCCAUUGUCAUGGCCACCAUUCUCCGCUUCAUGCUUGUCCGGCUCAACAAGAAACUCGACCAGGACGAGCGCAUCGACAGUGCCAUUGACAGCGGCGAGGCCGUUCCAAGCGAGGCAGCCAAACGCGGUUUCCGCUUCCUGGUAUAGAACCUGCAUACUCUUUUCCAUUGUAUGCUUGGUCUUUUUACCUCAAUCUUUUGUCACUCGGAAACUGCAUAACUCGGAGAGUCAAAAGACUUAUAUAUACCCAUCGUUUCUGCCAUUUAUCUAGUCGUUUGGAGUUUUUACUUUUACAGGCGAAUAGCGUUUGACUUGUAUCGGAGUUGUCGGAAUCUUUCUUUAGAUUUUUCCACUUGACAGCAUGAAUAUUACGAAUGAUAGUAUAACGUAACGUUAUGAACAGCCU